AUGAGUCGAAAGCUGAGUGGAUGGGUAGACGAGGAUGAUUAUUACGACGAUUACGAUGAAGAUUACGACGAUGAUGAGUACUGCGACGAUGAUGAAUAUUACGAGAAAGGAGGCAAAGUUGGUAAAAGUGAGAAGGAGCAAGAACGAGUAACUGUAUCCAAGCAUCAAAGUGAAAAGGAGCAAGAACGAGUAACUGUUUUAAAAUCGAAAGCACCGAAGCAUCAUCAGCAUGCAGAAAAGAAUGUAUCGGCAUCCUCGCUGGAGAAAUUAGUAGCCUCAACUCUCGCGCUUACACCAGAUAUUAAAGAUGGAGUUGAAAUUUCUCUCAAAUCAUACACUCCAACUCUAGAGGAAAGAGAAGCAUACGAGAAUACGAGCAAACUUGAUUUGUCUGUGGUUAUUUUAGGACACGUAGACGCUGGGAAAAGCACUUUAUGUGGUCGAUUAUUAGAAGCUUUGCACUCCCUAGACGCACGCACGCAUCAUAAGAACGCGAGGGAAUCGAAAGCGGCUGGCAAAGCUUCGUUCGCGUACGCUUGGGCGUUGGACUCGCUACCCGAGGAACGCGCGAGAGGAGUGACCAUAGACGUCGCGCGAACGCGCGUUAGGCUAGAUGAAAGCGAAGAUAGGUGGAUUCAAAUCAGCGAUGCGCCUGGACAUCGCGAUUUCGUUCCGUCUGCGAUCGCCGGCGCGUCGAGUGCGGAUGUUGCACUCCUAGUAAUAGAUGGAGCCAUCGGCGCCUUCGAGAAAGGCUUUAGCGAGAAUGGGCAAACGAAAGAACACGCAAUGAUGGCGAAAGCUUUAGGAAUUUCCAAAAUGAUAGUGGUCGUAAAUAAACUCGAUUCGUGCGCGUACGACAAGAGUCGAUAUGAGGAAGUGAAGAGUCGUGUUUUUGAUUUCUUAACGAACGGAAAUAUCGGGUACGACGAGAAAGAUGUUGCCGUCGUACCUGUGUCUGCGCUAGAAGGUUCGAACAUAGUCUCGUCUAAUCAGUUUGUUCAAGAAUGCGCGCCUUGGUAUGCAGGCAACGAAUCUUUACUGGAUAUUCUUAAGAGUUCGAAGGCGUCUUCAAAAGGACAACCUGCACCUCUGCGUAUGCCUGUUUUAGAAAUCUUGACUGCUAGUGGGAACGCAUCCUCGCACGCUUUAGGAAGUUGCGCGUUUACUGGAAAAAUAGAAUCUGGGAGUAUCAGCGUUAGAGAUAAAGUGUUUAUAUCGCCCGCGAAUGUAGUGGCGACGGUCAAAAGGAUAGAAAAAGGUUUGAAUCAGCCGGUGCAGUUCGCCUCGGUCGGCGCAGUUGUAGAUGUUGGGUUGACUGGAGUCGAGUCUUCGAGUUUGCAAAGCGGUUCGGUGAUUUGCCAUCACUCAUAUCCGUUACGUGCCGCAAAGGUGAUAGAAGUUGAUAUCAAAACAAGUGACUCGCUGAAACGACCCAUACUUCCUGGUGCGAAAGUCGUCGUACACGCGCAUUCGGCGGAGACCGAAGCGACGGUUCUAGAACUUUUAAGUAUUUUAGAUGAAACAACCGGCGAAGAGGUGAAGAGAAAACCUCUCUUUCUCCCGAAAGGCAAGUAUGGGAAAAUUGUUCUGUCGUUUCAACAAAGUUUGUGUGUAGAGGCAUACGCGUUGAGUAAAACGCUCGGUGGCGUGUUGCUCAGAAGCGAAGGCGAAGCAAUCGCUCAAGGGACAAUAGCAAAGAUAAAAAGGUAG